AUGUCCUUGGGUGCAGAGGUCUUCUUCUGUCCCCUCUGCUGCCCCCACAGCCUGGCCACGCCCAGACUCACAAAGGACACCAUGCAGCCCUUGGGGGCAGCGGAGUCCAGCGCGGCCCGGGCGGUGGUCUGCAGCCUGGGGGGGUUUAGCCUGGGCUUGUCCCUGGCCACGGCCUAUGGGCUCCUGGAGCUGCUGGUGGAAGGACACAGCCCCUGGGGCUGCCUGGUGGGCACCCUCACUCUGGCCGCCUUCCUUAGCCUGGGCAUGGGGUUCUCGCGCCAGGUCCGGGUCACUGUCUUCCUGCUGCUGCCCCAGGCCUUCUCCAAGCAGGGCCGGACGCUGCUGUUGGUGGCGGCCUUCGGGCUGGUGGUCCAGGGACCCUGUGCCAACACGCUGCACAACUUCACCCGGGCCAGUGAGGCCGUGGCCUGCGGGGCCGAGCUGGCCUUGAACCAGACCGCCGCAGCGUUGGAGCGGGCCAAGCAGCCCCUUGUCAGUGCCCUGAACAAGAUUAAAGCCAUCGCCCAGAGGGCCAAAGAGGUGGCUGACCUGGUCCGCAAGUUUUUUCGGUCAAUCAUGGACGGCGUGAAGCACGUGGCCAGGGCCCUGCGGAACGUGUGGUUCUGGCUCCUGCAUAUCGGCGACGUGUGCAACGCGGAACUGGGCAACCCUUACCUCAAGUGCGGGCGGGUGUUCGAGGAGGCCAAGGACAGCUGCAUGAAGGUCAUACCGCAGGCCUACCACCUGUGCUACGUGCUCAUGCCCUUCAAGCUUGUCCUCUGCGGACUGGCCAGCGUGGUCCAGGUGUUCUGUGUCAUCCCCAAGUACGUCCAGCCCUUCCUGCGCAAGACCCUUGGCACCCCUGUGAGGAACUUAAUUAACCGGGUGCGUGGGGAGUUCGAGUUCAACGUGACAGCCGCCCACCACUUCUCCGUGGACCUCAACGCCUCUCGGAGCCUGUCCCAGGUGGCCCUGGACCUCCAGGAAGCUGUGGGCAUGAAACUGCACCGUGUGCAAGAGGCCCGGGCUCUGAUGGGCUACACCACGCCUCUGCUGCUCUCACUCCUCUACCUCCAAGCUCUGUUCUACCGGUACUGUUACCUGAACUGGGUCAGUUACGACAAUGUGUACAUCACCAGCCGAUUCCUGCACAUGGAGGCCGUCCGCUCAGAGGCGGGGCUGCCCACGGUGCUGCCACUCAGUGCCCACGAGGCCAGACACUACAUCCAGCCAGGCUCCCUGUACCUGUCCCGGUGGGAGCAGAUCUUUUACGUCCUGGCAAUCUCCGACCUCGUCCGGCACCUGCUUCUCGCGCUGCUGCUGGUCUUCCUGGACUAUGCUGUGUUCUGGGUGCUCGACCUGGCCCGGUACCAGCUGCAGGGAGAGAUGGUGGCCCGCAGCCCAGUGUUGGUAUCCAUCACGGUGGAAGGCGCUGGCUACGCGGGGAAGAUUUACCGCGACCUGGUGUCGGCGUUUGAUGUCCUGCAGCAAAGUAACACCAGUAUCCUGUCCCAGCGCUGCCUCCUGCGCCCCUCGGAGCCCGACAGCACCGGCUAUGUCGUCAUCGGCAUGAUGUACGGUCUGUGCUUCUGCGUCACGCUGCUCGGCAGCUAUGUCAGCAGGCUGCGGCGGGUCAUCUGUGCCGCCUACUACCCUUCGUGGGAGCAGGAGAGAACCGUCUACCUCUACAACCUACUUCUGAGCCGCCGGACCAGCCUGCCGACCACUCUGCAGCGAGCAGCGAGGCGGCGGGCAGUUGACCAGGGCCACACGAGUGUCCUCCAGGUGCUGGCCAGGCGGUGCCCCUGUCUGGGUCCGGUUGUCAGCCACUUCUGGAAGCUCCAGGACUACUGUCUGGGCUGCAGGCAGCCCCAUGACCAGGAGGACACGGAGAACUUUGUGUCCUGCAGUACCCCGGGCUGCCAAGGUCUCUUCUGCUCCACCUGUUUCCGGCUCCUGGACAACACCUGCUCUGUGUGCGCAGCUCCCCUCUCCCAGCAGGGGGACCUGGACCUGGAGCUGGACUCCAGUGACGAGGAGGGCCCCCGGCUCUGGCUGGCUGCCGCUCGGAUGAAGGGCCCUGAGCAGGAGUGGUUACUGCGGCAGCGGCUGCAGGAGGCCCUGGGCAGGACCCUCACUUGGGAGUCCAGCCCUGAGGUCAGUGACCUGGACGAGGAGAAGGGGCCUUGGCAGAGGACACACAGGUAGCAGCCCCACCUGAGGCCCAGUCUCUCAGGGUUCCCACCCUGCCUUGGCCCUCACUGAAGGCCUCAGAAAUCCUCUGCCCUCAGUCCCCCUCCAGCUUCAGAAGCCCAGCCCCUCAGUCUCUCCUCUCCUGAUCCCUCCCACCUACCCCCAAAAUAA